CAGAGUUAAAAAAAAACGCCCUUAAUGAUACAGAAGAGUUCCCCAAGCGUUACGUUGAGAGAUUGUUUGGUAGAAAUGUCACUGUAGAUGAAGCUAUGGAGGCUCUUGACGAAGACGGGAAUGGCGAGGUGUAUUAUCACGAAAUAGUUCAUUUCAUUGAGAGAACUGGUGUCUCCUUACAAGCCCGUUUCCUUGGCUACCAAAGAAAGGAAAUCAAAGGACUGUUUUCAUUUUUCGACACAUUGCAAUCAGCACUGCUCACCAACGUAAAACGAAUCCACGUAGAGGAGAGAGAUAUCGAAAGGACUGUCGGGAUUAACACAGGUCAUGUUGGUACAUCUGAUUUCAAACUAGAAGUAGCUGAUAGAGAGUUUGUGGUAGAGCAAGGGAGACGUUCAACUGAGUCGUUUUUACGCUAUUAUGUAGUAAAGAAUGAUCCACCAAAGAAGUCAACGGUUAAAGUUUUAAAGAAAUCCACCGCACAAUGUAAUGAUGACACUCCUGGUCCGGUUAACGGACUUGCUGAACAUGUUAAUAAUGUUACCGCACAAACUGAUGGUAAAGCUAGCACUGAAAUAAAAGCAGAUAUCAAUGUAUCUAACAGCAAUGGACAUAUUGAAAUGGAAUAUAUAGACAGUGAAAAUAAUGAUGAAAAUAAAAACGUACCGGUUGUGUCUAAAGAUCAAGAAGACCUUGAUGACUCAAAAUUUGAGUUAAAUGAACAUGAUGCGUCGACACAAAAGUUGUUGACAAAGAUGGACGACAAAACUUGAAAUCAGUAAGGAUCAGCUUAUGUUACAGAUCGUUGUGAAGUUUUAUUAUAAGCUUUUGCUGUUGACAAUGCAGUACUUUGUGUUCGUUAGACAGGAGGACGUUCGUCGAUCAAUGUUCUCCUGUCUUUCAUUUUGUAAUGCUUAUACAUAUGGCGCUGACGAUAUUGUUCAGUUAUGUCCUCGAUAUUGUUGUAUGAUCAUUUUGCUUUAAGACCGAACGGGUCCAGUUUUCAUUUAGCAAAUGUAUGAUUCUCAUUGAAUGAAUAAUUUAAAGAUGAUCUAGAAACCCAUGCUUCACUUAACAAACCAUUAAACAUGCAACGGUUAUUUUUACGAAUUCACCAAAAAAUAUUUAUAUAAAUUGAAUCAAGAUAUAUUUAAAUAACCUAAUGAGAACCCGGUGUUGAAAUUAGUUCCUGCUUAUGCCUGUAAUUCUUGUUAAAGAAAGCAAUUUCAAACAGAAUAAAGAUAAUGUUAGUGUUCGUUGAAACGCCACCCAGUUGUUUUGUAAAACAAGUAUUUUUCUAUUCAAGUUUUGAUUAAAAUUAACCGCUUGGAACCACUUCGAAUACUUCUCAGUCUUCCUCCACCGUUAAAGAUGCAUUUGAUUUCUUGUUUUGCUGGUACUUGUUUAUAUAAUUUUGCUAAAUUUGAUGUUGAAGCAGAAGAAAACAUGUCUUGGCAUAAGCAACAUAAAAGCCCUAGUACAAAAUUGUUCGUGUAUAUUUGUUAUUGACAAUGUUUCUCAUAAACUAAAGUUUUUAUUUCUAAUGUUCAUGAUUACAACUUCAUUCAAAUGUGAUAAAGAGUCAUAAUCUCUUGGCUGAAUUAUUAAUUGUAAAAAAUUUAGACAAGCUCAUUGACAAGUAAAGACUUCAAGCAAGAUUAAUCAGUCUGGUGUUAGAACUCCUGCGACAGCUUUAUAUAUAUAUAUUGUAUGCAUAAUUAUAGAUUGGCGGUAAUGUGGUUGAAACAACCUAAAUUUUAAUCAAACUCAAAACAUUUAGAAAAUAUACAUCAAAAUUAUAGAAAGCACUUAUAAUAAAUUUAUAUUGUAUUUUACAUUUUUCUUUAUAUGACUUAUGAAAUAUAUUAAAAUAAGUGUGUUCACUGUUAACGUUUUGUAAAUUAUUUUUUGUAAAAUACAUUUAUAAUUGA